AGCAUAUUCGUCCAGCUGGAUAGCACAGAAUUACACUCUGUGCUUUUUUCUUUCUUUCUUUGGUUGAAGCGGCAGCCAGCUGUGCUGCUUCGCUCCAUUCGCGUCGGAGAAAAUAAUUCUUUAGGGACCCAAAAGAGCGGCCGUACGCCUCUUUUCACCCUGUGCUUACACGUACAUUCCGUAAAGCAGACAAAACCGUAAUUAAAAUACUUGUAGAACAAAAAACACAGCAAUCCCUCUAAAAAGAAAAAGAUGUCUGUGGAGUCUACGCUGCGUUACCUCAUCUCCAACUGCCUCUCCUACGGAGUGGUGGUGGGGGCCUCCAUCUUGAAGGUGCCGCAGAUCCUCAAGGUGCUGCAGAACAACAAAGCCGACGGCGUCUCCCUCCUCUCCAUCAUCGUAGAGCUUCUCUCCUACGUCGUCUCCACCAGCUGGGGCAUGGUGCAGGGUCUGCCCUUCCGCGACUUCGGCGAGAACUUCCUUAUUACGCUGCAGCUCAUUGUGCUGCUGGUGCUGGUGGCGAAGCUGCAGAAGAAGACGAAGGAGGCCUGCCUGGCGCUCGCCGUGGAGCUGCUUGCCUUCUACGCCUUUGCCACCGGCCACGUGCCGCGCAGCGUGCACGAAACGCUGCUGAGUGGUCAGGUGCUGCUGAACAUGUCGAGCCGGCUGCCGCAGAUCUACGCCAACUACCGCACCCGCUGCCAGGGUCAGCUGUCUUUCUUGACUUUCUUUCUAGCCUUUGGUGGUGGCGUGGCGCGCCUGAUGACGACCGCGCUGAACGUGUCGUGGGAGAAGGGGAAAGGCGUCAUGCUGGUGCAGUUUGGCGUGGCGGCGUCGCUGAACGCGAUUAUUCUUGCUCAAAUGCUGUAUUACAAGCUCGUCGAUGGAAAGACACGUAAGCCGGCGGCUGUGGCCAAGGACGUGAAGCGCCGUUAG